AUGGUGCUGGGCAAUGGGUUUUCCUCCGAGGGCUGGGAGCUGGCGUUCGCCCUGGCAGGCGGGGUGCAGCGCACGGACUUUCGGUGUGAAGGUGUCGGGGAAGUGGCAGCGGUUGCUAACGUGUUCCAGCGGAGGUAUUACAGGAAUGGGAAAGUCCCCCUUUUGCAAGCGUACUCCUCAGCAGCGGCAGCAACAAAAUGCACUUGCGUGCCGCCCGUCACCAAUUCAGAAUCUGUUAUUUCUCGAAACCAAGAAGGUCCUGGAGAGAUGGGAAAGGCUGUGCUCAUCCCGAAGGAUGACCAGGAGAAGAUGAAAGAGCUGUUCAAAAUCAACCAGUUUAACCUGAUGGCCAGUGACUUGAUUGCCCUGAACCGAAGUCUGCCCGAUGUGAGGUUAGACGGGUGCAAGACAAAAGUCUACCCCGACGAACUGCCCAACACAAGCGUAGUUAUUGUGUUUCACAACGAAGCCUGGAGUACUCUGCUUCGGACCGUCUACAGCGUUAUCAAUCGCUCGCCGCACCGCCUGCUUUCUGAAAUCAUCCUGGUGGACGAUGCCAGCGAGAGAGAGUUUUUGAAGGCCUCAUUAGAGAAUUAUGUGAAAAAUCUGGAAGUCUCAAUAAAAAUCAUUCGGAUGGAGCAGAGGUCAGGACUGAUCCGCGCUUUUGCAGCCUCUAAAGGGCAGGUGAUAACGUUCCUGGACGCGCACUGCGAGUGCACCCUGGGCUGGCUCGAGCCGCUGCUGGCCAGGAUAAAGGAGGACAGGAAAACUGUCGUCUGCCCAAUCAUUGAUGUGAUCAGCGAUGACACGUUUGAAUACAUGGCUGGAUCGGAUAUGACUUACGGAGGGUUUAACUGGAAACUUAACUUUCGCUGGUAUCCGGUUCCCCAGAGAGAGAUGGACAGGCGGAAAGGAGACAGGACCUUGCCUGUGAGGACCCCUACUAUGGCUGGUGGCCUAUUUUCUAUUGACAGAAACUACUUUGAAGAGAUAGGAACUUACGAUGCAGGAAUGGAUAUCUGGGGUGGCGAGAAUCUUGAAAUGUCUUUUAGGUGCUGUUCUGCUCUGGCUCUUGGCAACUGCGUGGGAAUCCUGUCGGGAUUUGUGGCGUGGGUCAGCCAGCUCCGGGUCGGGAUGAUUUGGGGUUUGCGGUCCUGUGUAGUGUGGGUUGAGCUGAUACCUCUGCCUGUG